GGGACCGAAGAUGACAAGAACAGUGAGAGCGAAAGUGAAUCUGUCGACGCAGACGCGCACAUGGAGGCCCAGCAGGCUAAACUCUUAGCACAGAAAGAAGCGAUCAUGAAUGACCACUCGUUGGUUGCCGAAGAGAAAUCCCGUCUGUUACACCAACUAAAUAUGAAAGAAGACAAACUACAAGAGGAGUUGGCACAAACCCAACAGUUGGAAGCGAAACUGCAUGCCAUGGAGAGUAAAUUGCUUCGCGGUGAUCAAUCUAUCGUGGAACAUACACGAAUGCAGGAAGCCACUUUGGCGCAUCAACGCACCCAGAUGGAAGAACAAAGACGUCUAGAGCAAGAGAUUAAGGCGCGCAUGGAAGAAACGGAAGGGGACAUGGCACACUUGCAGGAGGGCUUUACAUCAUUGAAACAAGAAGUAGAUGUGAACACCAAGAAGUUGCGAAAACUGUUUGAAAAGCUUCAGGAAGUAAAGCAAGAGAUCGCCACAUUGCAAGAGGCGAACAAUCGCGAAAGACACGAACAUGAAAGCCUACAGGAUGGACUGACAAAAGAAAUAAAGUUGAGGCUGCUUAUUUUGGAAAACUUCAUACCUCCGGAUGAGCGUACCUUACUGGAAGCCCGCAUCUAUUUUGAUACUGAUUCAGAACGUUGGCAAUUGCGUCCGUUGGUUGCAUCCUAUGGGGACCACUCCUCAACAAAUCAAAAAGAUGUUCCAAAACCCACUGACCUAUUGGUUCCUCCGUUGAGACCGGCCUUGGGUGGCCGUCGUCCUGUGUGCCAAGUUGCUCGCUUGGCUUCCAAGUUGAGUGCGAAUCCUAGAUAUCGAGGAGAACAACUGUUAAGUUUGGAUUUGGAUUUACCCGGUCGAACCACAAAGGAUUAUGAACCGCCACAGCUUGCGCCACAAGUGGUGGCUGCACUCGAAGCAGCUCUGCAGGAUGAGGAAGAUCUGGAGUUAGAUGGAAGCCCCUCCGUGUUCAAAACAAACCCGGUGAAAUCAAAGCGAAAAGUUAGACACUCACAUAACGGAGCGCAGAAACCGGAGACCGAAAUUUUUCCCAAACCAAGGGGUCUCGUUCCCAGGUGACUGAAAGCUCGUGUUCACAGAACAAUAUCGGUUUUAUAUCGUUGAUUUACACUCUGUGUCAAUGUCAUCCCUCCAUGGUUUUGUUGGCGUUUCGGUUUUGUACAUUAUGAUCCACCUAGCUGAUGCUCACCAAAUUGCCUUCUGAAUAAAUUACUAUCGAUCACCAG